AUGAGUGGUUUCAUUUUACUGAACUUCCAAGAUAAAGAGCACGAAACACUACUGUCCUCUAUAGCUUGCACGGUGUUACUGGCAUUUGUGAUCUCUGAAUCAAAAGAAAAGAUUUUGGAGGAAUGGCGGUAUUGCAACGAUCCCAAUACUGCUCCUUUUGAACGUGUUGAGCAUGCUAACAGACCAGUGAUCUACGGGAUUGAUUUUGAUGAUACAGAAGAUGGAAACCAGCUGCAAACAUCCGGGAAGGCCCUCUACAAGUUGCUUCUUCAAGAUAACGAUGGACAUGUAUUUUACGCGUUCGAGAUAGAGGAAUUGCCAUUCUUACAUCCGUCAGUGAAGAGUACUGAAAACCCCCUUCCGAUUCCUAUGGGAGGAAAACUCGAGCUAUUUAAAGGCACUGUAGUAUCAUAUGGCUUUGUAUUGUUGAGGCGAAAUUCCUGCCGGUAUCAAGCUCCCAAUCUCGGCUCGGAAUUCAGUCAGAAACUAAAUGAUGGCUUGGUUCAAAAGUAUAUUGAGAUGCUUGAGCGACAACUUCACGGCGACAAAGGCUCAAAUCCACGCUAA